CGGCGGCGCGUGAGCCCUGCGUGCCCGGAAGUGCGGCGGCAGGAGCGGCGGGGAGCGGGUCGGUACGGGAGCCGGCAGGUGCCGUGCUGCGGGGGAGGGGCGGCAGGGGCUCUCGGCGCGGGCGGCGAUGCGGCUCCGCCACGGCCCGGCCUCGCCGCUUCCGCUUGCCGCUGGGCACCGGUGACCGCCGCGCCGCGCCUCGCCUCGCCUCGCCUCCCUUCCGCCCCGGCGCUAUGAGCCCCGCCGCGCCGCCCAGCCAGCGCCGCGCUCCGGAAAAUUACUGAAGUUUGGAUUGCUAUCUUGAUACUAUAAACCUGCAAUAAGUGGCAAUGUCCAGGGUCCCCACCCCACCUCCUCCUGGAGAGAUGUCCAGUGGACCUGUGGCUGAAAGCUGGUGUUACACACAGGUUAAAGUAGUAAAAUUUUCGUACAUGUGGACCAUUAAUAACUUCAGUUUUUGCCGAGAAGAAAUGGGUGAAGUUUUAAAGAGUUCUACCUUUUCGUCAGGGCCAAAUGACAAAAUGAAGUGGUGUCUGAGAGUGAACCCAAAGGGACUAGACGAUGAAAGCAAAGACUACCUGUCGUUGUAUUUGCUUUUAGUCAGUUGUCCAAAAAGUGAAGUCAGAGCAAAAUUCAAAUUUUCCCUGCUGAAUGCUAAAAGAGAAGAAACAAAAGCAAUGGAAAGCCAAAGAGCAUACAGAUUUGUGCAAGGCAAAGACUGGGGUUUUAAAAAAUUUAUCCGAAGAGAUUUUUUACUAGAUGAAGCUAAUGGUCUUUUACCAGAUGACAAGCUUACGUUAUUUUGUGAGGUAAGCGUGGUCCAAGACUCAGUAAAUAUAUCAGGACAGUCUAAUACAAACACUUUGAAGGUACCUGAAUGUCGACUAGCAGAAGAUUUAGGGAAUCUCUGGGAAACAACAAGAUUUACAGAUUGCAGUUUUUAUGUAGGAGGACAAGAAUUCAAAGCUCAUAAAUCUGUCCUUGCAGCACGUUCUCCAGUUUUUAAUGCAAUGUUUGAACAUGAAAUGGAGGAAAGCAAAAAGAAUCGUGUAGAAAUAAAUGAUGUUGACCCUGAAGUUUUUAAAGAAAUGAUGAGAUUCAUUUACACAGGAAAAGCACCAAACCUUGAAAAAAUGGCUGACAGCUUGUUGGCAGCUGCAGACAAAUAUGCACUGGAACGGCUGAAGGUCAUGUGUGAGGAAGCACUCUGUAGUAGCCUCUCGGUAGAAAAUGUUGCUGACAUUCUUAUCCUCGCAGAUUUGCACAGCGCUGAACAGUUAAAAGCACAAGCAAUAGAUUUUAUUAACAGGUGCAGUGUUCUUAGACAACUUGGGUGUAAAGAUGGGAAAAACUGGAAUAGCAACCAAGCAACAGACAUAAUGGAAACAGCAGGCUGGAAGUCCAUGAUCCACUCUCACCCUCACUUAGUAGCAGAGGCCUUUCGUGCACUAGCAUCUGCACAGUGUCCACAGUUUGGCAUUCCACGCAAACGGCUAAAACAGUCAUGAAAUCUUCCAUGAACUUUAGAGAAAGUGAAUUGACUCUACUCCUCCAUGUCCAGAGGUGUUUUCACAACCAUAACAAGAAUUUUUGUUAUCCUUGUCCACAGAACAGAAGCUGAAAAAGCCUAUUGUUUGCUUUUCAGAUGGAUAAUUUAUGGUUUAAUCCUCAGCUUUAAAUUAGACUGAUUAAUUCACUGAAAGGCCUUAAAUUAUCUUCAAUGACUCUAGUCCAUAUAGUCUAAUGUAUCUUGAUUUUUUUUCUUUUUUUAAUUAUUUUUUUAAUGUGCCUUGUCUUUUUGACUAGGCUCUGCAGGAUUGCACUAGCUCCAUAAUGCAGUAAAGUUGAUAACUGAAGAUUAAUUUUUGAAAGGGAUCUUCCAUUAUUUUCAAAAAAAAAAAAAAAAAAAAAAAAAAAAAAAGACUUAUAGUUUGGUCCUGUGCUAACUGGAAGGUUUUAACUAGCCUCUCAAUGAAGGCACUUGAACUGGAGGCACAUAAUGUUUCCUAGACAAGUGCUAAAUAUAGGGAGAGCCUGUUUACCUUCAGAGAAUGCCUACAGGCUAUUUAUGGCAAUAUACUGCUUUGAACAUAUUUAUUUUUCAUUGUGGGGCAAAUAUGCAAUGGUUUGGCCCAGAAGUGUAUUUUCAUUACAGUUUGUAAUGCUUAUUUUGUGUGUGUCAAAGCUGUCCAAAUGGUAAAAAGAAACACAGAAUAAACCUCUUGCUUGUGUUUCUUUAUGGUCCAUCACUAGUUUACAUUUAAUGCAGAACUGAACAAGAAGUGAAGUGUUCAAUGUGAAGACAUAGUAGUAUUGUAGAUGGAAAAAAAAUAUAUCCCACAUGUAUGGUUACAUGGAAAAGUAAAGGAUGCAUAGAAUGACCAAAUGUAAAUUGAAGAAAUGGGCCAAAUGGAUUCUGAAUAUGCACUUUUAAUGUGUAACUUUUGUAUGUUGUGUGGUACAUAUAUAUUUUGCUUUUGAUGAAUUAAUGAGGUACAGGUAAUUGUGGCUUAACUUUUUUAGAUACAUUUUAAGAUACCCACAGCCACAUGGGAUUUAGUUUUGUUAUAACAAAAUGGAAAGGCAUGUCUUUUAAGACUCAGCUGAAGGUGACUAUUGCAAGCUUUCAUAUUUAAGUAACUGAAUAUUUUCUUUAUUUGAAAAAGACACGUGAAUGGUAAAAACUUUGGAAGAAGGAUUUUUCUCAUCUUGAUGUGUACAGCUUCCAUUCACAUCUAAGGAAGUUACCUACAUGUCAAGAGGAGUAUUUCCCCGAAAUGUCAGAUGAUAUUUGCAAGCAGAGACUUGCUCAAUCUUGCAUUUCAGUUAUUGUACUAGCAUUGUGGAUGGUAUUGAAAUUCUGCAUAAUGUGAAAAGGAUGAAACAUUUGUAAACUGCUUGUCAUGGGCCAGUUCUUUAUUAUAUGAAUCUUAGCUUUAAUACCAACAUCCUCAGUGUUUGAUAGCUUUGUUUACGUUUGGGAGGAAAAGUCUGCAGUAGUGCACACUCUAAAUGUUUCCUGAGUUAUUACAUUGAGUUUACUGUAAUGGUGAUAAUAUGCUAUGUUUGUUCUUUGGGAAGACUUGGGUUUAACAGUGGGGAAUGGGAGGAGAUCUCACUUAAUUUAUGAAACAUACUUGGAUAAAGAUUUUAGUUUGCCUAUUUUAAAAAAAAGUUAUACGGAAGGAGGGAGGAGGAAUCUCAGAUUGUUUACUAUCUUGAAACCUCUCCCCAUCCUCAUUUCAUUAAGAUUCAUCAGAAUUACUCCUAAAGGCAUUUUUAGAGGAAAGAGAAUAUAGUUUUAUACCUUGGCAUGUAGUCAUCCAUUAGCAAAGGCAAAUUGGAAAAAAUGCCCACUCCAAUUUCUAAGAAUAAAAUAACCUCUAAAUGCAUUUUCUUCUUAUGUUCUAACUAAAUCUUUAUGGAUAAAGUGUAAAAUCGGAAACUUUAAUAGUACAUAAGGCAUCAAAUUAUAUAUUUAGAGAUUUAUCCUUUUAUCAAUUUUUAAAUAUUUAUCUAAAAUUAGGUCUCAUAAACAUUCUUCAUAAUAAGACAUAAAGGUAAUUGUUCCCUCCAAAAUAGUGAUGUUUUUGCUGCACUGUGUAAUGCAUUAGGACUAUAUAUCCUCAUACCCAUCACUGUUAAAACACACAGCGCUAACCUAUGAAGUGACUUGAAUAUUUAAUACUGUAAUAAUUGUCCAGUUCAGCUUGUUCUAAAGUAACAACAUACAGUAAUCUAAUGGAAAGCUUAAGGAUGUUAUGAAGACUUUUUUUUUAAUAGAAGCUUAAAUAGCACACUUUGUACCAAAAAAUGUCAAACACUGUGCUGUAAUAUUAUCUACAUUGUAGAGUGUCCACUUUUCAAGUCAAGCAGUGUAUACCAUACAUUACACUAACAGAAAAUAAUGAUAAUUGAUCUGUUUAGGUUUAGUUUUAUUUAUUAUGUAUAUUUUAAAGUUUUGUCAGCUCUUAAGAAAAAGGUAAAACAGUUGCUGUAUUCUUAAGUGAGUGCACUAAUUAUUCGCCUCUUUAUUCUUUAAUUAACUACAUGCAGUGUUCUCACUGGAAUGAGGUAGCUGGUAAUAACCCUCUCUUUCAGAUUCAGUGGCUUGUUUUUAUUCCCUGCAUCUCAAGAGCUUGCCCUUCAAAUCUCAGUUGUCAGUUUUAAGUGCAGCAGAUACGAAACUGAUACAAUGGACAUUUUUUUUCAGGCGGAAAUCUUAGGGGGGGCUUCUUAGCUUAUAUAACGAUCAGGAAUAUAACUUAUGAAGGUGCCAUAUUUUUGGCUUGCCAACACUACUCCCUCAGAUACAUGUGAACCACUGCUUCCACACUCUUCUGGGGAGAACCCUGCAUGUGUUCUGUGUGUGCGUGUGUGUGUAUGACUGUGCAGUGUUUUUGUUAAGAAUGGCUUUCUAAAAAUAAGGACUCAGUUUGCUGUUAAAAGCUGUUACUUUUAUGUAUUUUUUUUCUCCGCUUGCACCUCUCCUAAGGAGAUGUUUUAGGUGGAAGAUACUUCAAGAAAUAAUCCUUAUUUACUAGUCCAUUUACUGCAUGCAGAAGUAUGAACACAUUGUGCCUUUUUUAGGAUACUAUUGCAAUGAAAGGAAGAUUUAAGAGAAUACAAGAUCUUUUUAAAAGGUAUUUUUAAAGGUGAAGAAUGCUGUUUGAUACACAGUUGAAGCAGAAAAGUUACGGAGUAUUGAUUUGAGCUCUGUCAUAUGUUGAUUCUUUCUUUCUUCCUAAAUUCAGUUUCACUGAGGUAGAAACUACAAAAUGAAAUGUGGAAAAACUUCACGGAUACAAAUUGCAUAAUGGUAUCUUUUUUGAAAAAUGUGGAAAUAUUUGUUGUUAAAAGCUGAGUGUAUGUCAAAAUGUGCUAAUCAUGAACAGAAAGUUAGCUGUGUAAGUUACUUAAGUACUGAUGCUUUUCUAAAUAUCAUUUAGUGUAAAAUUGACUUCUACACAAAGUGUCAAUAGAAAUGCUAUGUGGAGAUUGUUCCUUUUAAAUCUUUAUUGAAAGGUUUAUCUUUGGGAGGAAAAAAGCUUUGUGCAGUAUUUGAAAUUGUUUUAUAAAAAGACAGUGGAUUGCAAAAGUGAAAUAUUGCUGCCCAAACUAAUGUUAAACUUUGCCAGAUUUUUACAGUUGGUUGAAAUUCCUAAUCUUAAUUGAUUUUUUUUUUCUGUUUUGAUAAUUGACAAAUGGAAUGUUGUUAACUGUUCUCUAUUUGGUAUUGCUAGCAUAUUUAGGAGAGAGCUUAGCUUGUUAGCUAGCAAGACACUGACUUGAUCUCCUAACUUGGCUUCUGCUCACAGUAAAUGGACUGCAUUUGUAAAGGGAAUUCACAUUUUAAGUGUUUUGCAAUGAACUUAAUCAUAUUUGUAACCUGGUUUUUGAAGGCUUAAAAUAAAUGAGUCCUGUUUUAGAAAUUAAACCAGUGAAAUGAUUUAGACCUGUUUUGGGGUGGAAAUGAUUAAGAGAAUUCAGAUGUGUAAACAGUUGUAUCAAACCAUCCAGCCUUUUUUUAUCAGCUGAUGUUAAUGGUGAAAUACUUUUUGUACCUUGUUGCUGAAAAUAUUUUUGCAUUUCAGCACAUCAAGUUACAAUAAAGUUGUUACUUAUGCAGAA